AUGAUGGAGGAGGACCCGCUGAUCCCGCUGGUGCACGUGUGGAACAACGCCGCCUUCGACGGCUCCAACUCCGCCUCCUCCAACGCCUGGCACGCGCACGCCACGCCCGUGCGCAGGGGCGAGAAGGAGAACCGCCGCCCCGCUGAGACCGACGACGCCGACGCCGACGCCGAGAUCGCGCGCAUCGAGGCCGAGAUCCUGCGCCUCUCCUCCCGCCUCCACCACCUCCGCGUCUCCAGGGGCCACGACGCCAACGCCAAGUCCACCGGGACGCGGCCGCGGGCGAAGGGGCUCGGCCUCGCCCCCCUCGACGACGACCUCCUCGCCGCCGCCGCGGACCCCGACAACCUGCUCCCUCUCCCGGAGAAGCAGCAGCCCCCGCCCCCCGCGCAGAAGCCCAGGCCCGCCGCCAAGCAGCAGUUCCCGGCGUCGCGGGGCGGCAGGGGGCUCAGCAUCGGCCCGCUCGACAUCGCCGCCGCGAACCCCGCCAAGGCCCCCGCCGCGCGUCAGCAGCAGCAGCAGCAGGGCGCUGCCCCCGCAAGCCACAUCCUGAAGCCGAUCAAGGAGCCGCCCGUGCAGCGCCGCAGGGGCGUCAGCCUCGGCCCGAUGGAGAUCCAGCACGGCAUCAGCGGCGGCACCAAGCCCGUGGCCGCGGCGGGCGCGGCGCGGGUCAAGCCGUUCCCCGGCAAGCUGAACGCCAUCCGCGAAGAAGGGCAGGCUUCCAGGCAGCAGCCCGCGGUCCCCGCUAAGCUCUGGCCGUCGAGCAACGCCAGGCAGCCGCUCGACAGCAGCAAGCAAGGCACGGCGGCGAGCAGGGCCAAGGCGAGGAGCUCCAGCAUGAGCCCCAGGGCGAGGAGGCAGUCCAUCGCCAGGGCCACGAACAGCACGAGGGGAGGCGUCGCCGCGUUCGGGGCCGCCAAGGUGGUGGCCGACGAGCCCACGCCCAAAGCUGCCAUGAACCAGAGCAGCACUGCGUCCACCUGCAGGAGGCCGGCAGGGAGCUCCAAGGUCCGGGUCGUCCCGAGCCGCUACAGCCUCAUGCCCGGCGCGUCCCUGGGAGCUGCAACACAGGAGAGGCGCCGCAAGGAGUCUCUCCCGGGAUCGACAGGGGGCGCAGGCCAGAAGGAGGAGGAGAUCAAAGCGAUGCCCACUGAGCCUGUCGACGAUGACCUCUCUCCUGAAUCACUGGACAAGGUUGCUGAACUGCUCCCGAGGAUCAGGACCAUGCCGCCUCCCGACGAGACUCCCCGCGACUCGGGGUGCGCGAAGCGGGCCGCCGAUCUGGUCGGGAAGCGAUCCUUCUUCGCGGCGGCCGCAGCCGGCGAUUGCAGUGCCAUUUCCUCCUACCAGGCGCGGGUCCUCGAAGCUGAAGCACCGGAGGAGGCAGCAGCAGCAGCAGAGGCCUUGGGCGAUGAGGCAGCCUCAGCAGGAGAGGCCUUGGGCGAUGAGGCAGCAGCAUGA